GGAAUAUAACUUAAAUCCUUCCCCCAAAAAAGCUUUUGGAUUAUUUGUUUGAUGAGAAAAUGACAAAGAUUUAAAUUUUAAACCUAGCAUUUUAAACUAGUUGAAAAAAUUGCAAGAAAAGAUUUGACAGUUUACUUUUUUUUUUUUCCUCAUCUAGCUGCGUUGGCGAAAAACCAGUGGUUGAAUACAAGAUAAUAUUACAAGUCGUUUAACCGAAUUUUGUGAAGCUAACAGUGACUGUUCUGUUGGAAUGAGAAUCAUAAUUAAUUAUCAGUUCACAAUGGACUGAAUAUACAACAAAAACGAAAAAUAUAUUAUUAUCUCAAUGGACUUUCGGAUUCUGAAAUUGUCACUGAUUGCUCCUUCAAGAAGUCUGAUUUUCAAACCCAAAAAAGUAGUGCACAUUCAUGGAUUAUGCAAUACCAAAUUUGGAGUUGUAGGCAUGGCCGCAGCAAGGUCCGUUCGGAAGUCAGAGGAGGAAUGGCGUGCCGUUCUCUCCCCUGAGCAAUUCCGAAUUCUGAGGCAGAAAGGCACAGAGGAUCCAGGGAGCGGGGAGUAUAACAAGUUUUUUGGUGUAGGCACCUACCUCUGUGCUGGUUGUGCCACUCCCCUCUACAGAUCCACAACCAAAUUCAACUCUCCCUGUGGCUGGCCUUCUUUCUAUGAAGGUCUGCCCGGGGCCAUAAAUCGCAAUCCAGACCCAGAUGGCAUAAGGAUGGAGAUAACUUGUGCAGCUUGUGGAGGCCAUCUUGGUCAUGUUUUUAAAGGUGAAGGGUUUCGUACCCCAACAAAUGAACGCCAUUGUGUCAACAGUAUAUCCCUCAAGUUCAAACCACCACAGUUUUCUUAAUGCCACCUCCAAACUAUACAUGCGAUGACUAUAUAACUAUGCAUGAUCCUGUAUAAUGUUUUUGAUACAAAAAUCAUACUACCACUCUUUAAUGUAGCCUUCGUGCACAUCAAUAAUGUUUAACUUUGAUUUAAUAGUUCAUUUUUUUCAUGUAGUUUAGCAUCUUCCUGUUAGUCUGUGUAUUAGGUGACAAGGUAUAGUGAUAUUUUGUUUGUGAUUUUGAUCUGUAUAUGUCGGAUGCUUGUAUCGAAGAUAAGUUUUGUGGAUUGAAGAUAAUACUGUGAUUUUUUUAACCUA